AUGACAUCGGCCGUGAAUGUCAAUCUAACGCGAAAGUUUUUAAGUUAUUGGGAAAAAAACAACGUUGCUUUAGCGAUCCAUUUCAAUAAAAAUUUUUACCAGAGAAUUGAUUUGCUCACAAUUUAUCGUGAACUCUUUCCUGCUGUUAUCUUCACCGGCCCAGAUCCACAUCCAAAAGUUCUUCAUUGUCCACAAGGACACGGAGCAUUAUAUGCAUAUGCAUGUCUUUCACAAGUCAUCAAACUACACCCUAAUUAUACUGGCUAUUUAAUGUCUCAUUUCGAUCUAUUGCCUAUUUUUCACAAUCUUGAAAGAAAAGAUUUGAAUCGUAUUUGGAUACCACCGAUAAGACUUACGGAUCCAUCAAAAGCUACUAAUUGGCAUUGGCCAAAGCCAUCUGGAAAAAAAUCUUUUGAUGGAUUAUUUUCAACUCUUCGUAAUUUUAGUCAAAAUAAUAGUUUAUAUUCAAAAUAUCUCGACAACUAUAUGAGAAAAGCUGGAAAAAAUCUCACAUCAUCAUUUUCUGAUAUAUUUUAUCUUCCAAAACGAUUCGUAUCCGACUGAUUACGAGAUGGAAAAUCGAGAAUCGAAGACUACGAACUUCUAUGUACACGAACUAUUGGAGGUGGUAAUUUGCAAGUAUCUUUGCAACAAGAUCCAUGGGCUGAAGCAAGCGCCUACAUUGGUUUUUCGUAA